AUGGUGGUUGCUCAGGGCGCGGCUCGCGCGCCGGCGCCGUGCGCCGUCCGGGUGCCGCUCGGUUCCGGAUGCAUUGGCCGCUCGGCGCCGGGGCUCGCGCGGAGAGCGGCUCUGCGCCGCGCUCCGCGCCCCCCCGCGGCGGAUCCGUCGGAGGGCGCGCCCGCAGGGGACGACAGGGUGGACGUGAACCGGCAGCUCACGGAGCACACGCGGGAGAACCUGCAGAAGAUGGCGGACGACCUCGUGAGCGAGGCCCCGGCGUCGUUCAAGGUCGAGCGCAUCCUGGACUGUCCAGACAUCCGGUCAAUGCUCGAGCCUCGGCCCUCGCCCUUCAUGAAACACGACAACUACGGCUCCGGCUUCGUGCACGACAGCGACCUCGUCGCAAUGCAGGCGAUCCGCCUGGGCUCCGGGAGCUCCACGCCCACGCGCGCGCGCCGCCCGCGCGGGCCCAACCCCAGCCCUGAGACGGACGACGACUCCGUGGGUCUCUGGGCGCGCCGCGCGGGGGCCCGCGAGACCAUCUUCUGGGACCCGCCCAAGGUCAAGGCCGCGAUCGUCACGUGCGGCGGCCUGUGCCCGGGCCUCAACGACGUCGUGUACGGCCUCGUCAACAAGCUCGAGUCCUACGGCGUGCCCAGCGAGAACAUCCUCGGGAUCCGAUACGGGUUCUCUGGGUUCUACGACCAGAAGUUCAAGCCGAUCCCGCUGUCGACGCGCAUGCUGGACGGCAUCCACCUGCAGGGCGGGACGAUCCUCGGCACGAGCCGCGGGAAGGGCGACAUGGCGGAGAUCAUCAAGCGCAUCGACAUGUGGGGCAUCAACCAGCUGUACGUGGUGGGCGGCAACGGCGGGAACGCCGGCGCGCACGCCAUCGACCAGGCGCUGCGCGAGAAGGACAUCCCGUGCUGCGUCGUCGGCCUGCCCAAGUCGAUCGACAACGACAUCCUCCUCAUCGACAAGACGUUCGGGUUCGACACGGCGGUCGAGGAGGCGCAGCGGUCGCUCCUGGCCGCGAAGACCGAGGCCGUGAGCGCGUACCGCGGCCUGGGCCUAGUCAAGGUGAUGGGCCGGCAGUCGGGCUUUGUGGCGAUGCAGGCCUCCCUGGCGUCGGGCGUGGCGGACCUGUGCCUGAUUCCGGAGGUGCCGUUCCGGCUGGACGGUCCGGGCGGCGUGAUCGAGCACAUUGAGCACGUGCUCAGCCAGAAGGGCCACUGCGUGGUGUGCGUGGCGGAGGGCGCGGGGCAGGAGGUGGUCCCGAGUACGCCGGGCAAGGACGAGCGGGACGCCUCGGGCAACAUCAAGCUCAAGGACAUCGGGAAGUUCCUCAAGAGCGAGUUCCGGAAGAAGAUCAAGGACGUCGACAUCAAGUACAUCGACCCGACGUACAUGAUCCGCGCGAUCCCGACGAACUCGAACGACCGCAUCUACUGCAAGAUCCUGGCCCACAACGCCGUGCACGCGGCCAUGGCGGGCUACACGGACGUGACCGUCGGCCUCAUCAACACGCACUACGCGUUCAUCAACAUCCCCGCGCUGAUCUCGAGCGCGCGCACCGUCGACCCGCGCGGGAAGAUGUGGAACCGCCUGCGCCACUCCAUCGGCCAGCCGAGCUUCACGUAG